GGCGGGUCCGGUGGCGGCGGCUCGCGGCGGGUCCCCCUCACGGACGAGGUCGGGGAGUCUCGGGAUCCCGGGCCUCUCCCCGUGGGUCUCGGGGAAGGAUCAGCACAGGGCCGAGCUUGCGCUGCCCGCCGCGACUCCAGACUCGCGGGGCACGCUAGGAGUUGUAGUCCCGCCGCUCGCCGCGGCCCCGCCCCGAACACGGAAGUGCGCGAGGCCACAGGCGGAGGCGGCUCUAAGAUGGCGUCGCCUCCUCAGGGGGGCCCGAUGGCCAUCGCCAUGCGGCUGCGGAACCAGCUCCAGGCCGUCUACAAGAUGGACCCGCUGCGGAAUGAGGAGGAGGUGAAGGUGAAGAUGAAGGAGCUGAACGAGCACAUCGUGUGUUUCCUGUGCGCCGGCUACUUCAUCGACGCCACCACCAUCACCGAGUGCCUGCACACCUUCUGCAAGAGCUGCAUCGUGAAGUACCUGCAGACCAGCAAGUACUGCCCCAUGUGCAACACCAAGAUCCACGAGACGCAGCCGCUGCUCAACCUCAAACUGGACAGGGUCAUGCAGGACAUCGUCUACAAGCUGGUGCCAGGCCUGCAGCACAGUGAGGAGAAGCGGAUCCGUGAGUUCUACCAGUCCCGAGGCCUGGACCGGGUGACGCAGCCCAGCGGUGACGACACGGUGGGGGGUGACCCCAUGGGGCUCCCCUACAGCACCUUUGACCACUCGCGCGCUCACUAUUUCCGCUACGACGAGCACGUCUCGCUCUGCCUGGAGAAACUGAGCUCCAGCAAGGACAAGAGCAAGGCCAUGCUGCAGCAGAAAUACGUGAGGUGCUCCGUGAGGGCACAGAUCCGACACCUGCGGAGGGUCCUGUGCCACCGCCUGGGGCUGUCCCUGCAGCACGUGCAGAUCCUGUUUGACAACGAGCCCCUCCCCGACCACAUGACAAUGAAGCAGCUCUGGCUCUCACGCUGGUUUGGCAAGCCUGCGCCCCUCCUGCUGCACUACAGCAUCAAGGACAAGAGGAGGUAGGGGCAGGGGGUGGGCACUGCCCCCCAGUGCAGCCCUGCUCCUGCCCCCCACCCCCAUAACUUAUACCCCUCUUCGAAUUUAUUUUUGGAAUAAAAUUGUGGAAAAGCC